UCGAAAGUAAACAAAAAUGGCAACCUCCAUGAGAUUUUUUUGUGCAGGAAUGAAUCGUGUUGUUACUCGAUCUUUAUGUAACCCUGCAGUAAACAGUAAUCGAACAUUUAGGAUUGGUGAAAAAAUUCCUUCAGAAGACUUGUUUGAAGAUUCUCCAACAAAACCCCUGAAUGCUCAGGAAUUGUUCAAAGGGAAAAAGGGUGUCUUGUUUGCUGUGGUGGGAGCUUUUACUCCUGGCUGUUCAGAGAAGCACAUCCCAGAGUAUCUAAAUCACCAUGAUAAAUUGAAGGAGGAAGGCUAUGAUAUGAUUUGUUGUGUGGCUGUCAAUGAUCCAUUUGUUAUGUCAGCCUGGGCAGACAAAUUGCAGACUAGAGGAAAGAUAAGGAUGCUGGCAGACCCUCAGUGCAAAUUCACAAAGGCCAUGAAGAUGGAUCUGGAUUGCACAAAGUUACUUGGAAAUAUCAGGUCUAAAAGGUAUGCUCUUGUGAUAGAGGACAGUGUUAUUAAGAGUAUCAAUACAGAACCAGAUCACACAGGACUGGCUUGUUUACUGUGCAUCAGAAACUUUAAAUCUGCUAAAUCUGCAGAUGCCACUUGAUUUUUCCAGGAACUGCAUGUGUGGAGUGAAUGUAAUUUUAAGAAUAUAGUUGAGCAGAUCAUGAGUGUUUGUAUUUUCAUCAAAUGGGAGAGUUUGACUUGAAUCUGUAACAAUGCUGACAAUCUUGUGUAAAUUUUGUUGGUCAUCUAGAUGUAUGUAUGUAGUAUGUAAUAUGUGAAAGUUUGUGAAAAUAAUAUACAUCUAGUGUUUGUAAAUCAAUUUAUUUGUGUAUAUAAGUAGUAUUCUAUGUUAUAUGAAUAUGAUUUUUGUGAGACAAUAAAUACAUG